AUGGGCAGCGCGAGUGGAGACCUGCUCGUCACACUCCAGAUUCUGCCAGGCUUCUUCUCCAACUGCCUCUUCCUGGCUCUGUACGACUCCGUGGUGCUGGUGAAGCGCGCGGUGACGCGCUCGAGCCGCACGCGCCCCGCGCGCCGCGGAGAGUGGCGCCGCAUGCUGACCGCCGAGGGGCUGCGCUCCAUCUGGAACAGCUUCCUGCUGGACGCGCACAAGCAGGUGAAACUUGGCUGUGAGGCACCAAACUCCAAGGUGGUGAAGGUUCCUGAUGGACCCCGGUGGAACAGCACUAUCAGUAAUGUGACUAAUGUCCCACGAGGCACCAGAAUCCAAACCGAGGACGAAUGCCGCCUUCUGGAUUUUGAAUCAUCCGAUCGCCCCUUGGUGGUCAACUUUGGCUCGGCCACCUGACCCCCCUUCAUCAGCCACCUUCCUGCUUUCCGGCAGCUUGUGGAGGACUUCAGUGACGUGGCAGAUUUUCUGCUGGUUUACAUCGAUGAGGCUCACCCAUCUGACGGCUGGGUGGCCCCUCCGAUGGGGCCCUGCUCUUUUAGCUUCCGCAAACACCAGAACCUGGAGGAAAGAAUGGGAGCUGCUCGCAAACUCAUCGAGCACUUCUCCCUGCCACCUCAGUGCCAGUUAGUGGCUGACUGCAUGGACAAUAACGCUAAUGUGGCUUACGGCGUGUCCAACGAACGGGUGUGUAUAGUGCACCAAAGAAAAAUAGCCUACCUGGGAGGGAAGGGACCAUUUUUUUACAACCUGAAGGAUGUGCGGCAGUGGCUGGAACAGAGCUACGGUAGACGAUAGGAGUAUUGAAGAACAAGACAGACGAGGACGUGCUCCUGUUUUUAAUGGCUGGAAACAAGAUCUAUUUGCUUUGCAAGAAAAAA